AUGACAUCCGGGACCUCCACCACCAACGCCCACAAGAAAAUUAAGCGGAUCGAGGGCAUCGGAGGACACACGCCGCCUAAUUUCUGCUGCGUGUGUGGGAAGUCCACCAAAAAGAGCGAAAUCGUAUCCUGCUCUCCCGACUGUCCCAACGUCUGCCACCCGAGUUGCGUGGAUCCCUCGCAGCCUUUCCACUGCUCGCAGACGCAGCAUUUAAGGGAUCUGCAAGGGAUCACGCAGAGUGUGAUAGUCAUCGAUGAGGAGGACAUUCACACAGAUCAAACCUCUCUCUCUCUUAGAAACGAAUUACCAAAUCAAGAGGAUUAUAUAACGAUAAUCCAGGAACAACAGGCUACCAUAUCAAAGUUAGUCAAGCAGCUCCUGGUAUUCGUGGACGGCAGCCUCUCUCUGGCUGAUCUUCCUGCUACCAUCCUGUCUGCUAAGGAGCUUAUUGCUGACUGCUCUGCUCCAGUAAAAUCGAAGGCUGUAACUGCAAAACCUGACAGGAUCUCCGCUGAGUUUUCCACACAAACACAGCAAAAACCAGCACUUCAGGAUUGGUGGGAUCAUACGCCUAUCGGUAAAAAGAAUCCCGAUCAAAGAGCUCAGCUGCCUCCGCCUCCCAGCAAAUCAGAGACGGGACGAGAGACUCGUCAGCAGACUCAGGGAGGAAGGAGAGCGCAGCAGAAGAAGAGACCAGAGCCCCCCGUGUGCUCACACUGCAGACGGCGGGGACACAACGAACGGGACUGCCGUAAUAAGGCCUCCUGUGACUUUUGUAAGGCAAGAGGUCACACCCUGAACAACUGCAGGUGGAAGGCUUCGGCAGACAAGGCCGAACUGCUGGAAAGAGAGCUAAGAAACUUCGUGUCAGAAUAUCGAAGUUGUCAAACACAGAAAACAGUAGUUCACCCUCAACCUCUACUUCCAUCUCCGCCCCUUCAGCAACGUUACUUCUUUCCACCCCCACACUGGGCCGCUCAUCAACUCGCUGUUCCUUCUUGGUCACAUCCCAACUUCAACAGCCACCAAGGGCCAGUAUACUAAAUGGCUUCACUGAUCCCUACCCCUCAAAAUAACCAG